CCCGCGCUCGGGGGCGGAGGGUAUCCUGUGCGGGAGGCGACGGACCCUGCGAAGGCUGAGCGACGCCCCCCACCCCUCUGGGGGGCUGCAGGGACUCGGCCCUGCUCAGAUGCCCGAUGCGGGUUUGCAGCGCUGGGGUGGGCAGGGCUGGCGCCUCUCCAGCCGACUUGGCAUUUCCCACUGUCCACCAAGGGAGAGACUUCGGCUCCAAAGAACAUAGGACAUACGGUGCCCAUAGACUGAUGGCCACGGGAGCGCCUGGCUGAAAUGCAGGAGCGGGGGUCAAAUGAGGCGGGUUCCUAGCUCUGCCACAGACUUUCUGUGGGAUGCUUCGGCUUCGUUCUUCAAUUCCCCUACCUGUAAAAUGGGGAUAGUGCGCCCAGUCCCACAGGAGCGUUGUGAGACUUCCUGCUUGUAAAGUUCUCUGACAUUCUCAAGUGGAAAGCGUUAAAUAAGUAAAAUUGAUCAGCAGCAGCAAUAGGAGAAAUGGAGAUGCAGUCAUAUUACACGAAACUCUUGGGAGAGCUCAAUGAGCAAAGAAAGAGGGAUUUUUUUUGUGACUGCAGUAUUAUUGUGGAAGGCAGGAUCUUCAAAGCUCACAAGAACAUUCUCUUUGCCAAUAGUGGCUACUUCAGAGCCUUAUUAAUUCAUUACAUUCAAGACAGUGGGCGACACAGCACUGCUUCUUUGGACAUUGUUACUUCAGAGGCCUUCUCCGUCAUCCUAGAUUUCCUUUAUUCAGGGAAGCUGGAUCUUUGUGGAGAAAAUGUUAUUGAAGUCAUGUCCGCAGCUAGCUACUUGCAGAUGACUGAUGUGGUCAAUUUUUGCAAAACAUACAUCAGGUCAUCGCUAGAUAUUUGCAGAAAAAUAGAGAGAGAAGCUGCCUUCUAUCAGGCUGAUAGCGGAAGCUCUAGUUCUGUCAGAGAGGGCACUUCUUAUGGUACAAAGAGCCAGUGCUCUGCCUCCGUCUCUUCUCUGCAAGAAAAGGAAAGGAUUUCUGAUUGUCAGAGAGAUCCUCCCUGUGGUGAAUGUAGCAGCUGCCACCCAAUGGAACUUGUGGUGAGAGACCCUGUAAGCAGUGAUUCUCCAGAUGACAUUAAUUCUUCUCUGCCCAAAGGGGUAGUAGAACCAAAAGUAGAAUUUGACUCUGAUGAAGUGGAAGUAGAAGUGGGUGAACGACUACAGCAGUAUCCAACUCCGUUAUCUCUUGAGCAGAUGGAAGAGGGGCUGCACAGUGGCCAGGCAAUGGACUUAGCCUGCAAUAACUAUCAUAUGAAACAGUUCCUGGAGGCCCUGCUACGCAGCAGUGCGGCUCAAAGAAAAGAUGAUGUGGUUCAUCACUUUGUUCGGGGCUUUGAGGGUAGGCCAGAAGAUGCAGGGGUGGCCAUGAGUUCCAUGAUGGACAUUCACAGCGACUGGUAUGGUGAGGAUACAGGUGAUGUGUUAGUUGUGCCAAUCAAGCUCCACAAAUGCCCGUUCUGUCCCUACACGGCUAAGCAGAAGGGAAUACUAAAACGGCACAUUCGCUCUCAUACAGGGGAGAGACCCUACCCUUGUGAGACGUGUGGCAAACGCUUCACCCGGCAGGAGCACCUUCGGAGUCAUGCUCUGAGUGUGCACCGAUCAAACAAGCCAAUUAUCUGCAAGGGUUGCAGAAGAACGUUCACAAGUAGCCUAUCGCAGGGAUUACGGCGCUUUGGCUUGUGUGACAGCUGCACUUGUGUAACGACUACGCAUGAGGAUUCAAUGCCCAUUAACCUCAGUCUGAUGGAACCUUCAUCAGAAGGUCAAGAAAAGGGUGAUACAGACAAUGAUUGGCCUAUAUAUGUCGAAUCUGGUGAGGAAAAUGAUCCAGCUGAUGAUGAUGAUGCUGAUGAUAAGCAGGAGAUCCAUAGAAGCUUAUCAGACCGAGAGGCACUUAUGUAGUAACAAAAGGAGGGUUGGCGGAUUUAAAGUGUCUCCCCCGUGAUAGGUCAUUCUGCAGCAGAAAACUGCAUAUUUAACCAGUUUUGUGGAACUGUGUGUUUUUUAUUACUAAAUUCCAGUUUUGAUAGAACAGGUGGGAAGAACUGGAUUUUGGAAUUUUGAAAUAUUUUUUAACUUUUCAGUGCUGUGCACUAGAAUUCUGAGGGAAUUUUCUAUCCUGGGAGAGCAGAGGCUGUCUCCUUGCAAUCACGUGUUGUGCUUCUGUACCCUGGCUAUGAGGGAAGGAUUACGCUCUUUGCAGGUGAAGGAUCAUCAUGAACAUUUGAUACUGAGUUUCCUCUCACAAUGCUGCCAUGGUCCCUCAAUCCUGGUCUCAAGGGGCCAACCAUCAUCUUUCUAGGAAGAGAUGUGGAGAAAAUAAAUGUAGUUUUCAUCCUUAACCUUGGACUUCUCUAAACUGUUUUGCAAUCUUGUCCCUCUUAUGCUAGGAAAGUCCUAUCUGAAACUGUAAAUUCUAACUGUUUGUUUAAUCUUAAAACUUUAGAAUAGGAUUUGACCUGGAAACCACGGUAAAUUACCAGGAUAACAAAUAUGCUACAGAGGGAAGCAUAUUUAGUAGAGAAUCUUCACACAUGUUUGUUCAUAUAUGUACUUAGAGAGCAAGCUUCUAUUUUUGGGCAGUUUUCACUGCAUUUCCAUCCCUGGAGAACAAGAGAGCUUGGGCUGUGAUUCUUCUGGUCUAUCUUUGAUGCCCAUUAGACAGUAGUCCAGGCCUGAGAACUACACAGAAUAUUUAUUCUAUGAUCUAGUAAAAUAGUGUCCAAAGUGCACUGGUUACUGAAGCAAGACUAAGUGCACUGCCCACCUCUUUUCAACCAUUUAAAGUAGAAGUUAUAACCUAGCAAUCUAGAAAAGUGGUUUCUUUAGUAGAUUAAAUAGUCAGAUUUACCGCUGAUCUAGCUGAAGUACAAUUCCAAAAAAAAAUCUGGACUACAUAUAUAACACCAUCCCUGCAAACUGUUUUUGAAGAAGCCAGGUGAGACCCCCUUGUAAAAUUAGAGACUCCCUGUAUGCAGACUUCCCCUUUCCUAAUGAGAUUUUUCUUCUUAUAUAAUCAAAAAUAGUCUUUGAUGAUUCCUAUAAUGGUUUGUACCCUUUCAUUGUCUUAUGAAUUCAUCCAGGUACUGUCUCUUGUUAAAAUUCCAACUUGGACUCUGCGUUUUCCUUGUUGGACAGAUACAAGUUGGCUUUUGAAGGAGGUGAGAUUACUUUAUUUAAUUUACCUGUCCAGUACCAAAUUGCGGUAGACUAUGAAAUUAGCUGGGAAACUGUAAAGAGCUCUUGGGUAAGCUACUGCUAAACUUAAGGCUAAAGAAGUUACAAUAUUGAAGGAUUCUGUGCAGUGAAGGUGCAUACUGUACGGAGAUAGUACGUUCUAACUUGUUCGUAAAUGUUUAAUGAAAAGCAUUGCAUUUGGGCCUCACUUUCUGGAUCAAGUGCUAGAACAGAAGAUCGCAGACAGACAUCACUGACACAGGAAGAUCAUCUCAGUUAAAAAGACAGUUUUCCUUUCUUAUGUUUUAAAGAAGACUUUACAUUGAGCAAACAUAAAAUGGAACAUUUUUAUAUAAAAAGCAGAUGAUUUAACCAGUCAUUUUCUGUAUACCUCGUGCUAUUAUUUCACAUAUUGGAUAAGAACAUUCUGCCCCACGGUUCAGCUUCUUUAUUUGCUUCAUCCUGUAGCAAGGCAAUAAUCCUGGUGUGAUAUCACAAUCUACUUGUACAGAAGUGAUUCUGAUAUCACAAAUGCGGCAGCAUGACUUCAUUGCAAGAUCAAAGAGGAUGAAUAAAAAUGAAACAAGCCUCUGUUUAUCUUGAAUUACUAGCAAAGUAGCAAAAAAAAAAAAUCCAACCAAAAAAAAAAAAAUCAAAGGUAAAUAGAGUUGUUUGAAAUGUCUCCCCAAAACUUAAAGUCUUACUUUGAGCGCUCUCUUUCUGGAAGAUAUUUCAUUUCUUGCUGGGUUUAUUUUCUGUAACUUAAAUUGAGGGGAGCAACGUACUGUUAAAAAUAAGCUAUUUGUAUUUGUUUUCUAGUUUGUUACAAAACCUCUCCAAUAGUCCUUUUUUCCUAUUGUUUAUACAUUGGAGUUGGUGUCUGAACAAUUAUGUCAUAGUUUCAUCAGCACAGCAAAUUAAUAUUCGGGCCAGAUUUUCCAAAGAACUAAGCGACUACCAGCAGCUCAUAUUUAGGCACCUGAGUGAGUGUCUGGAUCUACAAAAGAGCCCUGGCCACUUCAUUGAGGACCCUAAAUGGGAACUGAGCUCUCCUGAACAUCCAACUUCAAUUUUGGGUGCUAAACACUUUGGAAAAUCUGGCCCAUAGGGUGGGCUUCUAGAUCACAUAAGCACUUUUGAAAAUCCUAUCUAUAAUCCCAUGGGGGGGGUGGUCUUUUUGAUUACUUCUGUUUCUGCCCAGCCAACCCAAGUUCACGAUGGUAUUCUCUGAUAUCUGCUUAUCAGACGAGCAAAGGACUUUGUGUAAGAACAUUUGAAAAGGAGUCCUCAUAGUUUUGACAACUGAGGACUGAGUUGCAUAAUGAAGGUGGGGUAGGAAUGUAAAUAGUCAUCCUAACUUUUCAUUAGUAUGACAUCCUGCUCUCUAUGGUCAUUCUGGCAGAGAGGUGCCGCUUCAGUGUAAAUAUUAGAGGCCACUAGACUUGGAAUAUUCAUUGGAUAUGGUGCUGGAUAGUGUGUUACAAUGCAUCUUUCUGGUGAUUUAGCUUAUCAGAGAAACACUGUAGAACUAUGUUGAGGCAUGUACUAGUGAACUCUGAAAUUGUGAAGACCUUCAGAAGAGGAAAAUCAGUGCUCUUGUGAAGGCAUGUAUGCAGUGGAUUUAAGAGCUGUGGGAAAUACUGCAGUGACCUUCAGCUGUUUGAAUUCAGCCUGCUUCAUUUGGUUUUAGAAAUUUUUGUUGUGUGUCUUGUGCAUAGAGAAUGAAACUGUUAAGUUUUGUGUAAUGUUGGGGCAAUGGGUGGGGUGGGAGAGAGAUUCCAAUCACAUUGCAGUUUGAAAGUGACCAGCAAAAUUGCAAUUUCUGUUGAUCUGUCAUAGCGUGCCACUUUGUUUCUCAGUGGGUCCUUAAUUCAGCCUCUGUGUUUAGUAGAAAAGGUUAUGCUUUAUUCAGUUUCUUGUGACAGAUGUUUAUGUAGAUCUAUGUUUGCUGUGCUUCCCACCCAAUUCCAUGAUGUUUCCUUGAAAUCUUCCAUGUAAAGCCAGCCUUUAUAAGCUUUGAGAAAGUGACACUUCUGUUCUAAAGAAUAUUCAUAUGGUGCUGAAUGAAGAAUCAAAGAAAAUUUUCUUAAUAGGCUUGUUUCUGAUGUGUUCUUUUCUUUCAAAGUUUUUAAAAGGCCACGAAACUACAUAUCUUAAAUUCUUAGCUCUACAUAAUUUACGUUAUUUAGGAGUAUGCUUAAUUUAUUUGCACAUAAUUGCACUGUUUUUCACUAAAGAAAUACAUGCUGCAAUGAUAUUAAUGAUGCAUUGAACUUGUAAAUAUUAAUCUUCCAAAUCUGAAUCAUUUUCAUUUGUCUGAAAUUUGAACGGUAACUUUAUAGCUGGAGUCCUUUUAAAUUUAGUCUGCCUAAUUAACAGACACACUUAUGAGCUGAGCCUUAUUUGAACAGCUGAUUUAACUACAUCAGUGGAUACCUGGAGGAGUCUGGAA